AACUACUCACUGUACAGAGAGAUCUCUGCUUCCCCAGUUAGAAGCUUAAACCCAGCAAGUAGACAGCAUGAUGGUUAUACAAAAGUCUUUCAUGCCUGAAGCUCUGAGAUCCCAAAUUCAAUUCCUAGAACUAUCAUAUCAUGAGCCAGAGAUAAACAAUGGUCUAUUCUCUUGCUCAUUAAAAUCACAUAAGUAAAAUUUAGAAAAGAAAAAAAAAUAGCUUAAGCCCAUGUUUGUUCAUUGCACAAGUACUGUGGAUCUGCUUCCCUCAGAACCAUUUAAAACAUGCCAAGCAGGUAUUGCACUGCCAGAAGGCCAGCACUCAGCAAAUAUAAGCUGGCAAGCACAGUUGGUGCCCCUCACUCUCCUGCCUGCCUGCCUGCCCGGGAGGAGAAGGCCACCUACUGUCUCUCCUGGAGGACAAUGGAUAUGGAGAAGGUCAACGCCAUGGACUUUGGGGAGUUCGUGGAAGUGUUUGGGAAUGUCAUUGAGCGGUGUCCUCUGGUUGCUGCUGCAGUUUGGUCCCAGCGCCCGUUCUCUGACAGGGAAGAUUUAGAGAGGCACUUUUUUGCCUUUAUUGAUUCUCUUCCACAAUCAGGUCGCGAAGGCAUCCUGCGCUGCCACCCAGACCUGGCGGGCCGCGAGCUGCAGCGGGGCGCGCUCACCGCAGAGUCGCAGCGCGAGCAGAGCGGCGCGGGCCUCACCCGCCUGGGCCCCGAGGAGCGGCGCCGGCUGCUGGAGCUCAACGCGCGGUACCGCGCACGCUUCGGCUUCCCCUUCGUGUUGGCCGCGCGCCUCAGCCACCGCGAGGCCGUGCCCGCCGAGCUGGCCCGCCGGCUGCAGCGCCAGCCCGCCCAGGAGCUGCGCACCGCGCUGGACGAGGUGAAGAAGAUCGCCGGCCUGCGCCUCGCCGACCUGCUGGGCGCCGACCCCGCCAGGCUGUAGGGGGAGCCGCGGCCGCCCCGCGGAGACCCGGCCUCUGUCCUCUCGCCUCGCGCGCACGCGUUUCCCCGCGUCCCGGCUCCCUGGCUCACAGCUCCAGCUCCUCACCCCCUGGGCUGCCCCGGGACACCUCUAGCCCCGGCGGAUGCAAAGCCUUUGCCCAGCUCUUGUGCCCACUCCCUCCCCUCACCGCCCCCAGCCCCCAGCCUCCUCUGCUGCUAAACUCCAGCUGCCUGGCAAAACAGACGGGAAAAAAAGGAAUCUUUUAUUCCA